CGAGGGCAUGAUCCACGACGUGACCGAAGCGGGGCAUCUCGACUUUCUCGACGAUCGGGGCGCCGAGUUCGUGGGGCUGGCCUACGAGUUCCCGUACAUCGGGAGGAACGUCGAGUUCCGGGGCUACAAGGUCUCGGACGCGCCGCGGAAGAAGCCGGAGCCUUGGGGUUCCUUUUCGUCGGUGGCGUACGAGUAUGCGCGGGCGGCCAGAUGGUGA